CCGACGCGUACAGAUUGACGUUUCGAGUUUUCCGCACUUCCGGUCAGUACAGUGUUACAGCACACCUUCCAGUGUCCAAAUUCUAUCGUUUCGGUGUAAAUAAUCUCGAAUGACCAGCAUCUUUUCCCCGUCGAAGCAGAAAGAAGAAACAGCCUGAAGAAAUAUGUGUGUCAAGUGGCCGAUGGGAAAUAGCACCUCCCCUCAAUACCGCUAAGUAGAGUAAAAGUGGCAAGUGAUUAGUGGGAAAAUCGUUACCUACUCCUUUGCUAUCGGCAGCUUACCUUGCUAAGGUUGGAUAUAGAAGCAGCUGUGGUCAAGCAUUUUGGAUGUUUUGUGGGAGUGUAGCGUAAAACUUCGUCCUUGAGCAUACAUCGCGCAUCGACAAGUGCUUACAAAUCUUCUGUUCAACGAACGACUGAGUGUAAGGAAGAGUCUAUCGGUGUUCGUUAUUUUUAGAGAGGACAUACUCGAGGCAAGGUUCAAAACAAGCUAUUGUUGGAGCAGGCCGUAACAAAUUGAAACAUCGUUGCGCACGAAGAAAAGCGAGGAAAAUUGUGUACUACAACUGAAGUGGUGUCAUUGGAAAAUUUAUUAUCGUUCAAUGGGUCAGUCAGCCAAUGGAUUUCGUGGAAAGUUUGAGGCCAGCAGAAUGAGCGCAUAGAAAUGUGAUAUGAGCUAGGUGGGACGACUCGUUCCGGUGAUUUGGGGGGACUACAACUGACGAUCGGUUGGGUUUGGAGCUCGGGUGGGUUCAGUGAGAUGUCCUGUCAGUAACAGACAACGGUAUGAGUGGAGCUCAUUUCAUGUUGGAAUAAGUGAGACCAGCAAAAGCGGGUCGAUUUCUGGCAGAAGCUGAAUCUGGGAAGCAUUCGGACGGAAAUAUUAGUCGCAGAACUCUUCCUUAUCAACGCCUGGACCAUUUUUCAUCAGCUCGCGCGUAAAGUGUCAAACACAAAAACAGGCCAGACAGAACCCCGCUAGAAAUAAUGAUCCCAUCAGCCUCUGCUGAGCGAAUCUACUCUAAGCCCGUUAUAUAACGAAACGAAUUAAUCCAACAAAGGCCACCGUCGUCGGUCGUCACCAACAUCGUCUUUGUCGCCCACACCGCCACCACGUAGCAGAGGCUCAUUAAAUCUGUGCCUGCACGUUACGCACGGAUUUGUGCACCGUGUAUACACAUAGUACAAUCUAAAUUGUCCUGCUUCGUCCUGCCCUGUGCCGCGCCAUCGAAUCCACGCCAUGAUCCCGGUCUCCGUCACUAAACAAACUGUGAUAGGCACAGGCGUGCUUAAUUCGAUUUAUGAUGUUGUGAAUUGAGUUUUGCCUCUCCAUGACCAUCAUCAGCCUUUCCCUUCAAGUUUGUUUCAUCACACGCACAACCCGGAACGUAAAUACCGACAUAAAUUAUAACGGUAACAGGAGCAGAACAAAAGUUAUGUAAAUAUAAAUCAACGAAUUAACAUUCAAGCCGUCAUAACAGCAUCCGGAGCGAGACGGCCGGGGAUACCGGACAAAUACAAACAACAAUAGCAUUUGGCCGCAAAGAAGCGAAGUGCAAACAAAUCCCUUUCGUCGAACUGGUGCUUGCAAACACACCCAAAGUGGAAAGUUUUUCGCCCAUUGAGGGCCAUUUUCCGAAUCCGAAGCCAGGUCGCUUGGCCAAAGUUGAACAGAGAAAUAAAGAAACCAACGCCACGGGACGCGGGGCUACGGGGAGAGUAUUUCACACCAAACUGCAUAAUGGAUGGAAGGAACCGACGGCGACAGCUUGGCGGUCCAUGCCAUUGCCUCCGACCUCUGAUCCGGAUAUGGGGAAUAGUAACAGCAAUUGUGGUCAGCGGUGUCGGAGUCGACAUCAUGGUGCACGGGUACACUGCAGGUGUUUACAUCAUAGUUGCCUCCGUCGUUAUUUUCAUCCUGGAGAUCAAAUGGCUCUUCACACUAUUCAUCCAUCUUCUUUGUGCAAGCAGUGGAGGAAGCAGCGACAACGACUUCUCAACAAGCUGUCACAAGUGUUGGAACAUCUGUCGGCUGUGCGGUGGCUGGCGGUUGUCCUUUCCCUAUGUGGCCUUAGGCAUCGCGCUGAUUAUGUGGCCCCACCGGCUGUGGCUCAGUCACGUGGCCGGCGGUCAACUGAUCGGGCUAGCCCUGCUGCGGUUGCUCACGCUGUGCCAGUUCCGGCAGAGCGGCAAGGACGAGGAACUGCUCAAUCACUUUGACGAGCACGUCGAUAAAUACGACAAUCUCACCGACGUACUGGUGGACGAUUCGAUGCCAAAACCCGGUCAAAGCCUCGAAGACGAAGACGAGUACGACGAAGACGAGAUUGACCGUGAUAUUCACGAGGGCAAGAUCAGCACCCGAAACGGAUCCAUUUGACAUCAGGAUCACCAAAAGCCAUUAUCAUCUGGCCGGGCAACAAACCCGAAGAAAACAAUUCGCAAAAACAUGAACCAAAGCUACGAGAAGCUGGACGAAGAUUGCGAUUGUGAUGUUAUCAAAUAGGAACGACCGUCGAUGGAGCUCGGACGCGAUGAGAACUUCGUCGAGGAGACGGCUAGCUAGUAGGUGGUUGUGCGAGGCCACGUGCCACAGUUUUGCAUACAAGAGUGAUUGUAAAUAAACGGAAUCAAAUACAAUAAUCGUUAUACAUUUACGCGAUGUGGUUAAUGAUAUGUAGUGGAUGGUUUUCUUUCGUUGGUCUGUUUGAUUGUAUUAAUCUCAAAUUUUUAUUUUUAUUUUGAGACGCGAUGGAGCUUGCGAGGAUUCCAUAUUAAUUCUAAGUUUUUUUUUUUUAAUUGGAAUCCCAACGAAAACUUUUUACUCGUUUUGGUAUGGAAUCCGCGCAGAAACAACUCAAUCAGAAAAAAAGGCUUUUAGAGGCAACCACGUGUGCAUGUAUGUACUACUUAAUUCCCAAGUUUUUUGGCAUUGAAAAAGGAAGUUGCAAAACACCCAAACGUUGAUCAAGUUGGACUUUAUUAUAAAUAUUACACAGUAAAGAAAGAAAAAAACUUUUUAUACAGAAUACCAACUAUCACAUGCUUCCACUCAAUUGCGAUGACUCUAUCCGGACGGUGGGUGCUGAACGAAUAGCUAGCCAACAGAUCACUCCCAUAAAUCCCGCUCCAAACACAGCCAGCAGCUGUACCAAACACUGUACCAUUCGUUCCAUCACCUCCAUCUUGCACUCCAUCUUGAGUACCCGUUCGCGCAAAUGUUCCAUUUCGGUCGAUUGUUUCUCGUUGAACUUUUUACUUUUCUCGGCAAUUUUUUCAACCAAUUCUUUGGAGGCAGCACUGUUGGCAGCAACCGUCUCGUUGCCAUGGGAUCCACUAUUUCCCAUAGCUGGUGCGAUAGAAGGGGCAAGCUUUUUGCCCAAAUUCCCCAGGAAGGUACGGUGG